AUGGCCUCGCAGCCUCCGGCAGGCUCUGGACCGAUGCCGGCCUCCUCGACCGGCCCUGAUCGAGGCUCUGGAGCCCCUCUGGAGCCGUCCCCAACCUCAAGGGCUAAACGCCGCUGCGAUACUGAGGCCCAGCUAGCCCGGCUCAGCCUCGUGGGAAGCCAGCCUGACGCCUCUACGACAACCCCCUUAACGGCUAAGGGGCCCUCAACUGUGAAUGGGACAGCUGCUGGAGCUGUCCUUACAGCCCUUAGUGAAGAGGCUAAGCUCUACGAAGCCCAAAAGGAUGUCUUUAUGGCUAUCGCCCAGUCUGUAGAUAACGUGGUCUCUUGCUUUGAGGGGCCUAGGAAGCAGAUUGCGAAGGAGGCUACAACCUACGCUCAGACUCAGACUCUAGCCCAGCCAAAGAAGGACCUCCAGGUCUUUGCCUGCAUCCCCGAGGAGGGCCUAACGGCUGCGAGGAAGCACGCCCCUUUUGCCCUCCACCAGAAGGUCUGCCAGGCCCUUGGCCUGCAGCUAGCAGAUAUCCUAUAUAUCUACCACAUUGCAACUGGCUACUUACUGAGACCCCUGAAUAAGCAGGUUCAGCAAGCCCUCCUUACGGACAAACAGAAACUGGCAGACAGUCUUAGAGCCUAUAGGGUUAAGACCCCUACUAAGUGGUUCACCUAUGUUGUCCCACGCUGCCCUGCUAAGCUAUGGACUAUCGAUAGGGAUGCCCUCGACCUAGCUACUCUAGUUGAAGAGGAGGUCUUUGCACAGAUAGGAUUACCAGAGUCAGCCCUACCACGGCUGAUCGACCUAGUAAAGGCUGGGGCUACAGCCUUACCUACUCUAGGGGAACUGCCCAGCCCAGCAGAGCUAGACACCCUAGCUGCCCAACUGGUCAGCCUCUUCUAUACAGCUAUUCAAGCUGUAGGCAAGAGACGGACUAAUCAGGGUAGGGGAGCCCCUUGGUGGACAGAAGAAUGCUCAGUAGCCCACUAA